ACCUCAGCAGCUCCGGAUCUAAAUUCUAUUUUUAGUUUUGCAUUCUGCUUUAAUGUUCAGCAGCGCUUAAUAGUGAAGAAGGAUUGAGUAAUCCAGGCUCAUCCUGACUAUCUUCAAGAUCAGCCCUACGUUAUGCCUCAUUGGCUCCAUACAAAGGUAUGCUAGUCUUAUUGAUGAUGCCUGGCCUUCUCACAAGUUCAAAUGGAGUUUUGCUGUUUUUAUGGAUCAUGGUUACUAAUCUCAGCACCUCGAAAGCUGUGAAAUUCUCAGUGUUGGUUCCUAAUUCAGUGUCAGCUCUAUCAGGAUCCUCGGUCAUCCUGCCUUGUGGACUUUCUCCCUCCUAUGAUGCUGAAACGUUUGAAUUUUGCUGGUGCAAAAAUGACGACUAUGACAACCCCGUUCUGCUCUACGAGAACCUGAAAGUCCAGGAGAACGCUGGAGAUCCUCAGUACAGAGGCAGAGUGUAUCUGAUUGGGGAACUGGAUAAAGGGAACAUCUCUCUGAAACUGGAGAACCUCACACUGGCAGAUAAUGGGGAAUAUAUGUGCAAUGUUGAGGGCCCACAGUGGUAUGACAGAGCCAAUAUAUCGUUACUAGUGAAAGCACUAGGAACUCUUCCUGUUCUCUCCUUUGCUGAAGCUGGAGAAUGGAUGAAUGUUACCUGUGCAUCCGGUGGCUGGUCACCAAAGCCCUCCCUCACCUGGAGAGACAGAGGAGGAAGAGAACUUGAGAGCGGUAAUGAUCACUAUAUAACAGCCGCAAGAGCUGGCGGGAGGGCAGGGGCUCAUGUCCUACCUUCAUGCUCGUGUGGCCUUUGUUGUCCUCCCAUCCCUGGUGACUGCCCUCCUCCUCCCGCCGUCACUUCAGCACUCUCAGCAGUGUUCGAGGUUCAGUUCCUGCCCUCCCGCCGGCUCUCGCGGCUGUCAUCGGGGCCCAGGGGGCGGGUGCAGACUCUGAAGGGUUGGUGA